CCGAAUGUGGACCAGGAUUCACUCUGCAAAAAGUGUUUACCGGGUCACUUCAAUUUGGACAUGGAAAAUCGUGACGGCUGUCAAGCUUGCUUCUGCAUGGGCCUUACCACUGACUGUCAGGGCGUAUCCGUUUCCACAGCUCGUAUGUUGCAACAGGAGGGCAAACUUGGAACGAUUUUGCAACAGGAGGGCAAACUUGGAACGGUUGACACGCACGACGGCUGGACGCUUACGGUUCCCGGCAGUUUACGAGUAAUGCCCGUCGAACCAAUCAUCAUCGGUGCGCAGGCUGACAACGCCUCUGCUCAAAUGCUGCGAGUUACGCGCGAUGAUGUUGACGUGGGUCUGGGUUCGCCUGCGUCAACUCGGCAAGUGUCCUACUACUGGUCAGCCCCACAGGUCUACCUAGGAAAGCAGUUAAUGGCCUACCGAGGCCAUCUGGAGGCAAUUCUGCGCUUCGGAUCGCCCGCAAUCAGGUCUGAUCUGACUGGAAGUUAUGCGACUUCGGCGGCACUGAACGACGUGUGGAUAGACCAGCCUGAUCUCGUACUAGAGGGACAUGGUAUCCGCUUGGCCUACAGCACAAACGUAUCCUACAGGGAUGUACAUCGUGUUCAUCGGAUCUGGCUGCAUGAGUCCUCUUUCCGGGUUCUUGUAGAAGCCACUGAGGGGGAUUUGGACCGUUUUCCCAUCAGCCACACACAGACACAGGAGACGCCGCAACACACCUAUCGUGACCCCACGCAGACGAUACGGCCACAGCGGAUUAAUUUUGCAACAGCAGGCCGUCAGGCAACGGUCGUUGACAUUAUGACCGUGCUUUCCAAUCUCACACGAGUCUAUGUCAAAGCCAAAUACACCGAUGACCAGAAUUACGCUGAGUACGUCUUCGUGGAACUGAGUGCUGGAGGGCAUUUGCCCAGAUUGCUGAUAGUGCUUAGAUUAUUGACUUGUAGAUCUAUUUCCGACAAGAUAUUUUGA